AUGGCUACCCCCAGUGUCCUCGCUUUUGACGCUGAGGGUCGGGCCAUUGACUUUGACGUCUGGGUAGAUGACCUGCAGCUUUUCCUACAGUGCGAUAGGGCAGACGGUCUCUCCCUCUUUGACCUCACUUCUGGUGCCUCUCCUGCCCCUGCUGCUGAUGCUGACGCCACUGUUCGCUCACAGUGGGCCACACGCGAUGCUGCUGCACGUCUUGCUGUGCUCACCCGGCUCCCUGACACCCUUCGCCCGGUCAAGGACCACUUUCUCUCUGUUUGCCCCACCACCCUCACCGUUGACCUCCUCGAGGAGCGCCUCCUAGCAGCAGAGAAGAGCAUAGUCGCUGUAGGAGCCUCUCGUGGUGACCCUCGUGCCCCUGUCUUUGAGGGGUGCUCCCCCUCUCCUCUCUUGCCCUCUGUUGCCUCUGCUGCUGCGGCCGACCUCGUUGGUCUUGAGUCGGUCGGUGCGGCGUCUACCCCUAGCGGGAGACGCCGCCCUGGCAAGGGCAAGGGGGGCAGGGGCGCUGGAGGAGCUAGCGGGGGCGGUAGAGGCGGCGGUGGGGGUGGUGGAGGGGGUGGAGGCGUCGGUAGCGGCAGUGGAGGCGGAGGCGGCGGUGGCGGUAGUGGAGGAGGCGGCGGCGGAGGAGGUGGAGCUGGUCGGGGUGGCACUGCACAGAGGGUCGGCUUCGAUGGUGGUCAGCGCCAGCAGCAGCAGCAGCAACAGCGCACUCGUGAGAUCCCCGCCGCUCAGCAGCUUCGUGAGUGGUACGCUGCACGUCAGCGGGGUGGGGGUACUGGUCUGUGCACCUACGCCCUACGCACAGGCGACCGCGCGAGUGAGCAGUGCGGGGGUGCGCACUCCACCCAGCGCUGCUUUGGCCCCCUGACGGCCACUUGGCGUCACCCGUUCCCUGAGGCCACUGAGAUCCCUCGCUGGGGCGAGCUGUCUAGGGCGGGAGUAGCUAUCUUUGACCUUGACUUUGAUGAUAUUCUUGUUGCCAUGUAUGCUGUGACUAUUAGUGAUGAGGGUGACUGUUACCGGUAUUUUCCGCCCGACCCGGGAAUUGGUACUGCUGCUCUAAGUACUGGUGAGGCUGCUGCUCUAGGUGCUAGCGAGGAUACUGCUCUAGGUGCUAGUGCAUCCAGGGGGGAGUCUGCUUCCUCAGGUGCUGGUGAAUCUGCUCUCUCAGGUACUGCAUCGGCUUCGGCCUCCCUCACCUUCACCCUUGACUCGGGAGAUUCUCGCUCCUUCUUUCGAGACCGCACCACACUCACGCCGCUUGGUCGGCCAGUUGCAGUGUGUCCCAGGUAG